AUUAUUAAUGCGCAUGUCCCUAAAAUGUCAAGGCACAAAAUCCAUAGUAGUUGACAAGCAAGUAAAUGUAAUAAAUAAUGUGAUUAUAGAGCACAAAUUAAGAUAAUUUCUCUUAAAAUAUGUUGGAGUCAUUACUAGUGGAUCCAUUAGCAACACUUUACCAUGAGGAGCUGUUUCUUAUACAAUGGGUGCAAAAUUUUUUUGCGCCAGUGGGACCGUUACUGCUGCUGCUCAGCGAGCAUUUGACGCCAGCAAAAUUACUGGAUAUCUAUAUUCCAGUGAUAGGUGUAUUUAACCAACAGCUUAUGAUGCUACUUGUAGGCGCGCUAGGUGUAAUGAAUGUGCUCUCCUCUUUAAUUAAAUGGUCUGCGCCGGCAAACCGCCCUUACUGGUGGUUACGUGAGUCUAAUGACACGACUGCGUUACAGCAAUAUCAUGGCACUUGCCAAACGACAGCAGCGUUUCCCUCGAGCCAUUUGGUGUCCUUCAGCACAACUCUUUACUUGAUAGCUUUGGUCUUUUUACCCGCCUGUUGUCAGCGCCUUAAAUUGCCUAAUCGAUAUUUGAGCGCAUUUUGUAUACAAACGGUUAUACUAGGCGGCACUGCCAUGUCAAUAAGUCGCAUUUAUUUGGCAGCACAAUUUCCACAUCAAUGUCUGUUAACAUGCUUUUUCACGAUUUUCACGUUGCACACAUUCCGCAAAUAUUCCAAAAACUUGUGUAAUCUUCGUCGGUUUAAAGCAAUCCUGAUACUCGGCUGCCUUAGUUUUUCGCCGGUGUUGAUAUAUUUUGGCAUGCUGCGUAUUGACAUGGAUCCGCAUUGGUCGGUGCGCAUGGCCUUCAAGUGGUGUAUGGAUCCGACACAAAUGCGCCAUGAGGAUAGUUCAAUUUUCGUGCUGGCUCGCGAUUUUGGACAUCUUACCGGCGUAGUGCUUUCGUUGCCAAUCUAUGAAAGCUUGGAAAAUAAAACUGUUAUCACCAAACGUCUUCCAUUGCUUUUGGUGCUGGAAAUGCUCAACUACUACGCGCGUCUGGAAACGCCGAAGACUUACGGUCGGGUAGCAUUUGUGGCUUAUGAGUUUGCACGUAAUGCUAUGCAUUCGUUUACGCUUUUAAAAAUCGUGCCGAAAUUGACGACAUAAUGAAGAACUCUCGAAAAUAAUUAUAUACUUACAUAUCGUCACCUAAAAUGCAAAAUAACGUAACAACAUUUUCGAAAAUUUACAGUGGCGUGAAUGAAACACGAAAUAAAAUGGAACACGCGUGAAAAAAAUUUUUAAUUUUGUUUAAAACUAGUUCAUAUAUGAGUGCAGAACCUGAAAAUGUUGGACAUAUGUAUGUAAUAUUAUGUGUGGAAUUUGAAGAAGUGAAUCGCUAUCAAUAGGAUACUCGAAUUUUUUGAUGAUUCGUUAUUUUGCAUUUUAGGUGACGAUAUAUUCUAUUGUAAAGUAUUUUUGUUCAAUUGUUGUCAGUAUUUUAGAUAAACUUCGGUAAAAUUUAGAAAAUUGAAAAUUAGCUGCCUAAUUCAAAACUAAAUAGGAAAAAAAAUAAAAAUAUAAGUAUUAGCCUCAACUGUAAAACCAAAAAUGUUUAAUUAACCAAAAGCAGCAAUAAAUCCUAAACUAAUCUGACUAUCCAAAUUUGUCGAACGAGUCAUCGAGGUCAUAGAAACUUAAGCGCUUAAUGCGAACUUUAUGCUGCACUGACAUCCACUUUUUGGAUUAUGAUUAUAAAAAAAAAUUAAAUUAGCUCAAGAUUUAAAUUUGCCGCCAUUUAUGUGGGAAAGUUGACAACCUUAAAAAAACAAAUCGACAGCUGACAGUUUAGGCUUGGUAAAAAUCCAGCGUUACUCAAUAGAACAACGUGUAUUAUACAACAAUAUUUGAAAAAUAAUGGCUUGACGGCCAUAGUUCGAAAAUUUCAUGCCAAAUAUGCCCGAAAUAGUGCUUUAACUUUGUCAACAGUGAUUGAAAUUGAAAAACCCUGGGAGACAGGAUCUGUUGGAGACGCCAAACACACUGGUCGUGCAAAAACAUAUCGUUCAAAUCACAAUAUCAAAGCAGUGCGUGAGAGUGUUGGUGUCAAUACAAAAUCCUCAAUUCGAUUUACUUUUAUGGGGCUACUUAAAAUCACAGUUCAAUUUAUUGCAACAAGCCCUCAAUCACAAGUGCUUGAAAGGAGGAAGAGUCAACGUUGCAUCAAUGAAAUUCAACAACAAUUAUACAGAAUAGUUAUGGAACAUUUCGACAAACGAGUGCGUAUAUGUAUGGAAAGCUGUGGACGCCAUUUGGCCGAUGUUUUAUUCCAUAAACAAACUUAUCCUAUAUACUUUAUGAUUCAAGAAAAAAAAAAGUACAAUCGAAAGAAUAAAAACUGUUUUUUCUAUUUAAUUCCAA